AUUAUUUUUUCAUCAAACUCAAAUGACGCGCUUGAUGAUUUUCGCAAUCGCUUACUGUUUCAUCAUUUGGACUACGCAAUUUUCAGUUACAGCGCUUUUCUUUAAUUUCGAUGUCCUGAAAUAUCAUCCCCUUUCGUAUCAGACGGUGCGCCAUGAUUUUGUGCGAAGGGCGAAUCAUUCUCGGCAACAUCCCCUACGGGAUAAAAUUCAUAAUAUCAAGAAGUUAAUGAAGCACAACAGGUGGCAUAGAGCGGUGAAAUGGUUGUAGAGACUGUGCUCGAAAUUUGCAGGGAUACGCGAAAACAUGGUAACUUUAAUCGCGGACUCAGCUAUUCGUUUGUUUGUCGGUGUCGUAUUUCGACAAGGUACGUACAAACGCGUAUGCAUUCUAGAUGGUAAAUUUCAACCGGCAACGAUGGACAGUUUUGAUCGCGACUUUGUCAAGUUGAUUAUAAAAUAUUGAAGCGUUAAAUCGUCUCGUGUCAAGCACCCGAGUGUUGAAUUGUCCCUGAGAAUUAAGACUUCCGGAAAAUGGGAGUUCAUCGCCGUAAUAAAUCGCAACUUAUGUUAAUCGUUUUCAUUUUCAUAGCGAUCGUCGUAGGGUUAGUGAAUACCGAGGAAUCAUCUAAGAAGGCACACGACGAUGGGGUUCUGGAGAAGCUCGCGUCGAUGAUAGCGGAAAAAGAGAUAGCUGCGUAUAAAUUAAAAUCGUCGCUUCCGGGGCCAAAAAAAGAGGAAACUGAAGUAGAAAGAGCUGAAAGAGUCAACAGAGGAUUUGAAAGAAUGAUUCAAAUGGUGAACGUACUUGGACAAGUUGACAACUUCAUAUCGGACCGGACGAAGAGUAUAGUGAGAAAAUUGAACGCUUUGUACGACGUCGAAGAGAAAGAAAAAUCCCGAGGAUAAUGAUUAUCAUAUCAUAAUUGAAACUGUCAAUUGUAUAAUAAAUCUACAUUGCACCAAUAAUCUCCAAAUAUUUUCUAACGAACGAUGGAAUUUUUCGAUUUUUUUCUCAUACCCUAAUAAUUAUAGUUUAUUUCGCGAUAAUUCAUCGAUGAGGUAUACAGUAUAUAAUAUUUAUUCGAUUAAUUUUUAACUUACAAUUUUGUACCCGUCGCAUGUAUAACUACAAUAAUAAUUAUAUUACACACCAUUGAAAUUGUCAAUAUCCGGUACCAUGCGUUACCGUAUUUGUAGAAUUAACUUUUGAUUAUCUAUACAAUUAGUAUUAAUUUUUGAUUAUUUGAAUAUAUUUAAGCGGCGAUAUCAUAUCGUACGAUACAUCAUCGUCCCUUACAAUUAAUUACUACAACCCGCGUGAUGUUAAAUCACAUCACGUAACAAAUGCAGAUAGUUGACUAUUUGAUGAUUUUAACAUUGUUACCGUAGGCAGUUUAACAAUCAUUACGUAAUCAACAAAUAAUAACUAAUUAGUUGAUACUAUACAAAGAAAGAGAAAAUCAUCCCGUCUAAAAUCUAACGUUCAAACGUGCAACAUAUGUACAUAUAUGUAAACGUAUGCAUACAUAUAUUUGAAUAUAUUUAUGUAUAUAAAAUUGUUCAGAUAAAUAUACCUGAUUUAUAGGCAUGAACUUUUAAUUAGUUUUUGGUUAUCGCAGUUUGUAUCACAUCGUUUUAUCAUAUAAAUAAUAAUAAUAUAUAUUUUCUAUAUACAUACACGCACAAUAUUAAGGAUUUACAUUCAUACGGUAAGACUUACGCAUUAUCGGUGUAAAUUUUGAAUUAUGUUGAUACUUUGUUCAGUUUUCAACACAUUUUUUUUUUACGUCCAAUUGCUUAUAUAUUUCAACGUUACAACCUUAGCGCUGUUCUAAGUCGUCGCUCCACCAGCAACAAAAAAGACUAAAUUUCUGUUUUUAGUAGUUAA